AUGCUGGAGAGUGACCAGGAGCCGGCGGGAUUUUGGACCGCAGCGCCCAACAACGUCUGGCGAGACAAUGUCGCAGUCACCGGCUCUGACGGUUGGUAUUUCCAAUUGCCUGGCACGCCGAUCUCUCAGAACAUGGACGUUUACAAGAACACCAUCUGCCCUGUUGGGGACCGCAUCGGAGAGUGGAAGCGCAAUCGCUGCCAUCACUUGGCAGGCAGCUGCAUCCGAAUCUACCUGGUCUGGUUUCCACGCAAGGAGCCUUGCAAGAGCGACAGCGCGGAGAAUCCGCAGAUCUUAUUCAACACCACCUGCUGGAAUGUGGGCAAAGCCUGCUACAACGCCAUGAAGAUGGGCUCGGUGCACAACCACCACAUGACCUCGGUGGAAUCCAAGUCGCAAGACAUCUUCAUUGUCAAGUUCAAGAAAGCAGCGGGUGUGACGCACGGCAACAAGUAUGAGACGGAUUGGAUGAAUUUACCACACAUCAAGGAGUCCACAGGGUCGAGUUGA